AUGAACCGAUUGUUUCCCAACAAUUACAACAUGAGAUUACUCAGCUUUGUCAAGAAAAACAAAUACCUCAAUGAAUCCUUGUACCAGUAUGGUCCUCCGUUUGGAUUUCGCCAGUAUCUUAAAGAACUCGAUGACACAUUGGACAUGAUGCCUGAAGAUGAUCUUCCCAAGGACCUAAGACACCAACAAUGCAAACGCUGUAUUGUUGUAGGGAGUGGGGGAAUCCUGCAUGGGCUGGAGCUUGGACAUAUAAUCGAUCAAUUUGAUGUUGUAAUCAGACUAAACAAUGCUCCGGUUCAUGGAUACGAGCGGGAAGUUGGAAAUAGAACCACCAUCAGGAUGACAUAUCCCGAGGGGGCUCCGGUUUCUGAACAGGAAUAUUUCAGUAAUAGUCUGUUUGUCACGGUCCUCUUCAAGCACGUGGACUUCCUGUGGCUGCAGGCCAUGCUGAAGAACAAGUCACUGUCUGCGUGGAACAGAUUAUUCUUCUGGAAGAGUGUGACGGAAAAACUCCCACUGAAGUCACAUCAGUUUCGCAUUCUUAAUCCUCUCAUCGUGAAGGAGACGGCAUUGGAUAUCCUGCAGUUCCUUCCUCCCCAGUGGAAGUGGUGGGGGUGGAACAAGAAUGUCCCCACUAUAGGUGCAAUCGCUUUGGUCCUAGCCACACACCUCUGUGAUGAAGUGAGUUUAGCAGGCUUUGGAUAUGACCUCAAUCAGCCGGACAUCCCUCUGCAUUAUUUUGGAAAUCUCUGUAUGAAUUCAAUGAACAGACAGCCAAUGCAUGAUGUCACCAAAGAGAGGAAGCUACUGCAAAUGUUGGUGCGGGAAGGUGUGCUGAAAGAUCUUAGCGGGGGCAUUCACUGUGACUUUUGCCCUUUAAUCAGACAGGGGAAUCACUUCACGUAUGAUGGCAUGUCCUUGGGACCUGUAAUAAAGGGAGCCACUUCCACUACCAACGGAAGGCAUGAAGUCAUCGCUGUGACCCUCCAUCGACAAUACUGUGACUCUGGACGAGGGCGAUGA